AUGGCAAAGGAAGAAGAUGAGGAGAGGAAAGCCAAGAAAGGAAAGAAGGGAAAGAAGGCUCCGGAGCCGGAGAAGCCAAAACGGAGCUUGAAGGGGACAUCCCGACUAUUCAUGGGCUUCCGGGACCGUACGCCCAAGAUCUCCAAGAAGGGCCAGUUCCGUAGCGCGUCGGCCUUCUUCUGGGGCCUCCACACUGGCCCACAGAAGACCAAACGCAAGAAGAAGGCGCGGACCGUGCUCAAGUCGACAUCGAAGCUCAUGACGCAGAUGCGGAUGGGCAAGAAGAAGCGCGCUAUGAAGGGAAAGAAACCAUCCUUCAUGGUGAUUCGCUUCCCUGGCCGUCGAGGCUACGGUCGGCUGCGGCCGCGUGCUCAGUCGCUCAGCAAGGCCUCCACGGCCAUAAACUGGCUCACCAAGAAGUUUCUCAUCAAGAAGGCCGAGGAGUCAGGCAGCGAGCAGGCCUCCCUGGAUGCCUGGCUCAACCGCUCAGGCUCCCGGGGCUCACGAAAGCUGCCCUUCCCGUCCGGGGCCGAGAUCCUGCGCCAUGGUGGUCGCUUGCGCCGCUUCCCACGCAGUCGCAGUAUCUACGAAUCCGGGGAGCCUGUGGGUUUCCUACCCUUCGAGGAUGAGGUUGCGUUCAGGCACUCGGGCUCGCGCAGAUCACUGUAUGGGCUCGAGGGCUUCCAGGACCUGGGCGAGUACUAUGAUUACUGCCGCGAGGGUGAUGAUUACUAUGAUCAGCAGUCGCUCUACCAGUACGAGGAACAGGAACCCUACCUGGCUGACUACGGCUCCUACAGCCCAGCGUGGCCCCCCUACAGCAGCGACCCCUAUUAUGGGUACCCGCCAGAGGGCCCUUAUGACUACUACUCUGCCGACUAUUACGGGGACUCCUACCCACCAUACCCCUAUGGCUACAGCUAUGGCUACGACGACUACGAGCCCCCCUACGCUCCCCCAUCGGGGUACACAUCCCUGUCGGGGCAUGCAUCUCCCUAUAACUACUACGAUGAGUAUGAGGGUAAGGAUUACUCGUAUAGCCAUUACCUGGACCCUUACGCACCUUACGAUAUGCCCUACCCACCCUAUGACCUUGCUUACGACAUACCCUACGACAUAUCCUAUUUUGAUCCUUAUGGCUUCCCCUACGGCCUCCCAUACAGCAUUCCCUAUGCUGAAAGAAUCUAUGGUGGUGGAACCGAGGCAAUCUACCCCCCAGAGGGAUCCUACCUUUACCCUGAGGAGUCGGCCUCCAUGUACCCGUGGGUUCCACCACCCAUACCGUCGCCCCACAACCCAUACGCCCACCCGAUGGACGACAUCGCAGAGCUGGAGGAACCCGAAGAGGCAGAUAGAGAGCGACAGAGCACCUCCUUCCGUCUGCCCAGUGCCGCCUUCUUCGAGCAGCAAGGCAUGGAUAAGCCCGCCAGGUCCAAGCUGUCCCUCAUCCGCAAGUUCCGCCUCUUCCCGCGGCCCCAGGUGAAGCUGUUUGGGAAGGAAAAGCUGGAGGUGCCUCUACCACCCUCCCUGGACAUUCCAUUGCCCUUGGGGGAGGCGGACGAAGAGGAGGACGAGGAGGAGAGGCCACCUGUUCCCCCACCCUACGGUCACCUCUUCUGGGGCUACCUGACGCCACGCCAGCGAAACCUGCAGCGUGCCCUGUCGGCCUUUGGGGCCCGCCGCGACCGGAGCUUCAGGCCCGAGUUUGGCCGCACGCCGGCCCGGCCCGCCACCUCGCUGGCCCGUUUUCUCAAGAAGACGCUGUCGGAGAAGAAGCCCAUUCCGCGGCUCUGGGGCAGCCAGAAGGUGCGGGCGGGAACGCCGGCAGUCCGAGAGGCUGCUUACAAGCGCUUCGGCUACAAGCUGGCGGGCAUGGACCCUGAGCGCCCGACCACGCCCAUCGCUCUGCGACGCGUGCAGCCGCUAGUGCGCAACAACAACAACUCACGCUCUCCGCGGGCUCCGACGCCCUGGGGCGCGCUCCUGUCGCCCCUCACGCCGCGCCACGUGCCUUCGUCGGUGGCCUCACUGCGGCCUGCCUCGCCUCCCAGCUCUUUGCGCCUACACCCGCCGCCUUGGGCAGCUCCUGCGCACAUUCCGCUUGCGCCUCAGGCGAGCUGGUGGAGCUUCGUGGAGCCCCCGCGUGUAUGCCCCGAGGGUGCUGCAGACACGCUGGCAUUCCCCAGGCCAGGGCCCAGGCCUUCAUUCCGAGUGUCCCACCAGCAAGGCCCAGCCUUCGGCUUCGCAGGCCGCUCGCCCCAGACCUCGCGCCGGGUGGGCUGGCCGCCACUGUCUUCACCGCAGCUCUCCCUAAGGACCUUGCCAGGCCCCGGCUACCGAUCGCCCAGGGGGUCCCUGUCCCCACAGCCCUCUAUCCGCUCUAGCCCCUUCCAGCAGACCUUCUCGCCCUUGCCCCGUCGACCCCGCUCGCUCCGGGAGCCACUAACCCGGCGCCCCAGCUCCAGGCGUCAGAGCCCGCCUCGCCCCCAAGCGCUGGGCUCGCCCCUGGUGCCCCCGCGAGCUGUCAGCCAGAGGCUGCCUGCGUCCACGCCUUUGCUGGGUCCCAGUCUCAGGCGCAGCUCCCUGAACCUGCCCUCACGCUGCCCACAUACGUGGAAACGGCUGAGUGAGCAGCCUACACGGGCCGUGAAGCCCCAGGUGCGCCCACCCUUUCCCCGGCCGCCUGGCUCUGGGUCCUGGCCCGUGGGCUGGGCUGCCCCUAAGCGCCAGGAACAAGAAGAGGACUCAGAAACGCUUUGGAUAGUGCCACCACUGGCCCCUACCUGGGACGUGGACAUGCCUCCCACCCAGCGUCCAUCCUCCCCCUGGCAGGGAGGCAUGAGCAGCCACAGAGGCUUGUCCAGGCCACCCCUUGUGCCAGAAAACCCCUUCCUGGAGCAUGUAGGCCCUGUGGCAUCCCCUACAUUGAAGGUGGAGGACCCAGCCUCUGACUCAGCUAGUGUCUUCCUGGACAGACACUCUGAUCCAGGACCUGGACAACUCACCAAAUCUGUGGGCCUGAGCCCUGAGAAGCCAGAAGAUGUCGUGUUGGUGGAUCCCCAGACAACAACAGAGCCUGAGUUUCUACCGGUGGCAUCCCCUAAAGAUCUCACCUCAAAGGAGAAAGUGCUGAGGCCCAGCCUUUCCUACCCACUGGCUACAGGUGACCAGACAAGGGCCAUGUGGCCACCAUGGCACCAUUGGAUGACAAUGCCCAGAGCCCCAGCCCCCUUGGCACCCAGUGGGACCCCAGGGCUCCUGCCUGAGGGGGGCAAGCUGUGCCAGGCUGGACCUGAACGUUGUGCAGUGGUCAUGCCUUGGGUGAAAAAGCUGAGCUCCUUCAAGCAAGUGGGUCCUGCUAUACUGCAGCACCCCGUCCAGCAGGCUCAGGACUCCCAGCCCAGCCCAGAGCUACGAGCCUGGAGUCUGCGCUGGACCCGCCUUUGGAAGCCAACAGAGGCCCACCGACCCUGGCCACGAGUGCGUACCUCCCCCCCAUCCUGUCGCUUGGGUUCUGGAGCUACCUGCCUGCCCCACAGGGGCCCCUGGGAAGAGGUUGGCCCCCAAAGCUGGUAUGAUAAGAUGCACUCCAUCCGCAACCUGCCAUCUAUGCGGUUCCGUGAACAUCGAGGGGAGGAUGGUGUGGAGGACAUGACGCAGCUGGAAGACCUCCAAGAGGCCACCGUGCUGUCCAAUAUCAAGACCAGAUUUGAACGGAACCUCAUCUAUACAUAUAUCGGCAGCAUCCUGGUGUCUGUGAACCCAUAUCGGAUGUUCGGGAUCUACGGGCCAGAGCAGGUGCAGCAGUACAACGGGCGGGCUCUGGGAGAGAAUCCACCACACCUCUUUGCAAUUGCGAAUCUUGCCUUCGCCAAAAUGCAAGAUGCCAAACAGAACCAGUGCAUAAUCAUCAGUGGAGAAAGCGGCUCUGGCAAAACUGAGGCCACAAAGCUGAUUCUGCGCUACCUGGCAGCCGUGAACCAGAAGCGGGGCAUCACACAGCAGGUGAAGAUCCUGGAGGCAACACCACUCUUGGAGUCCUUUGGUAAUGCCAAAACUGUAAGGAAUGACAACUCCAGCCGCUUUGGGAAGUUCAUGGAGAUCUUUCUGGAAGGGGGUGUGAUCUCUGGUGCCAUAACUUCUCAGUACCUGCUCGAGAAAUCCAGGAUCGUGUUUCAGGCCAAAAAUGAACGGAACUACCAUAUCUUCUAUGAGCUGCUGGCUGGGCUACCUGCCCAGCUCUGUCAGACCUUCAGCCUACAGGAGGCUGAGACCUACUACUACCUGAACCAGGGUGGGAACUGUGAGAUCGAGGGGAAGAGUGAUGCAGAUGACUUCCAGCGGCUCCUAGAAGCUAUGGAGGUACUGGGAUUCAGCAGUGAAGACCAGGACAGCAUCUUCCGCAUCUUGGCCUCCAUCCUGCACCUGGGUAAUGUCUACUUUGAGAAGUAUGAGACUGAUGCGCAGGAGGUGGCUUCAGUGGUGAGCGCCCGGGAGAUCCAGGCUGUGGCAGAACUGCUCCAGAUAUCCCCUGAAGGCCUGCAGAAGGCCAUCACCUUCAAAGUGACAGAGACAAUGCAAGAGAAGAUAUUCACUCCUCUGACCGUAGAGAGUGCUGUGGAUGCCAGGGAUGCUAUCGCCAAGGUCUUAUAUGCACUGCUAUUUGGCUGGCUCAUCACCAGGGUGAACGCACAGGUGUCUCCAUGGCAAAACACAAUGUCCAUCGCCAUCCUGGACAUCUAUGGCUUUGAGGACCUGAGCUUCAACAGCUUCGAGCAGCUGUGCAUCAACUAUGCAAAUGAAAACCUUCAGUACCUUUUCAACAAGAUUGUCUUCCAGGAGGAGCAGGAGGAGUAUGUCCGUGAGCAGAUUGACUGGCAGGAGAUCACCUUUGCCAACAACCAGCUCUGUAUCAACCUCAUCUCACUGAAGCCUUAUGGCAUCCUGCGCAUCCUCGAUGACCAGUGUUGCUUUCCCCAGGCCACAGACCACACAUUCCUGCAGAAGUGCAACUACCAUCAUGGCGCCAACCCACUCUACUCCAAACCCAAGAUGCCACUGCCUGAGUUUACUAUCAAGCACUACGCAGGCAAAGUCACCUAUCAGGUGCACAAAUUCCUGGAUAAGAACCAUGACCAAGUGCGCCAGGAUGUGCUGGACCUGUUUAUAAGGAGUCGGACACGGGUGGUAGCACACCUCUUUGCCAGCCAUGCCCCGCAGACUGCCCCUCAGCGCCUGGGCAAGAGCAGCUCCGUCACCCGGCUCUACAAGGCACACACAGUGGCUGCCAAGUUCCAGCAGUCGCUCCUAGAUCUGGUGGAGAAGAUGGAGAGGUGUAACCCUUUGUUUGUGCGCUGCCUGAAGCCCAAUCAUAAGAAGGAGCCAGGCCUUUUUGAGCCAGAUGUUGUAAUGACACAGCUGCGCUAUUCAGGAGUGCUGGAAACUGUGCGAAUCCGAAAGGAAGGCUUCCCUGUGCGCCUACCCUUCCAGAUGUUCAUUGACAGGUACCGCUGUCUAGUUGCCCACAAGCACAACCUGCCAGCCAGUGGGGACAUGUGUGUGUCAGUGCUGAGCCGCCUGUGUGCUGUUACGCCUAACAUGUACCGCGUAGGAGUCAGCAAGCUCUUCCUUAAGGAACAUCUGUACCAGCUGCUGGAGAGUAUGCGGCAGAGAGUCCUGAACUUGGCAGCCCUCACACUGCAACGCUGCCUCCGUGGCUUCUUCAUCCAACAGCGAUUCCGCUCAUUGCGCCGUAAGAUCAUCCUGCUACAGAGCCGGGCCCGUGGCUACCUGGCCAGGCAACGAUAUCAACAGAUGAGGAGGAGUCUGAUGAAGUUCCGGUCCCUGGUGCACUCUUACAUUACCUACCAGCGCUACCUCAAGCUGAGGGCAGAGCAGAAGCAUCGGGUAGAAGAGGCACAGCUACAGGAGCAGGAGAAGCUGAACAAACGAGAGGUGGUAGCUGUAGGACACCUGGAGGUACCUGCUGAGCUGGCUGGGCUCCUGCAAGUGGCAGCAAGCCUCAGGCUGGCCCAGGUGCCCAAGGUAGCCCCCGUGCGAACUCCACGGCUCCAGGCUGAGCCUCGUGUCACAUUGCCCCUGGAUAUCAACAACUACCCCAUGGCCAAGUUUGUUCGGUGUCACUUCAAGGAACCUGCCUUUGGGAUGCUAACAGUGCCUCUGAGGACCCCGCUCACAUGGCUGCCGGCAGAGUACCACAGUGAAGCUGUGAGCAUCUUCAAGCUGGUCCUGCGUUUCAUGGGUGACCCCUACCUGCACAGUGCCCAGGAGCAGGUCUUUGGGAACUACAUUGUGCAGAAGGGGCUGGCAGUGCCUGAACUGCGUGAUGAGAUCUUGGCACAGCUGGCCAACCAGGUGUGGCACAACGUCAAUGCCUACAAUGCCGAGAGGGGCUGGCUAUUGCUGGCCAUCUGCCUCAGUGGCUUUGCACCCUCCUCACGCCUGAACAAGUACCUCCUCAAGUUUGUGUCUGAUUAUGGGCAGAAUGGCUUCCAGGCUGUAUGUCAGCAGCGCCUCAUGCAGGCCAUGAGCCAGGCCCAGCAGCAGGGCUCUGGGGUUGCCCGCGCCUUCCCCCCAACCCAGCUUGAGUGGAGAGCCACCCAGGAGAAGGCGGGUAUGGUGUUGGACAUAGGCUGCUUCAAUGGGGACCAGUUUUCCUGCCUAGUACAUUCCUGGAGUACAGGGGAAGAGGUGGCUGGAGACAUCCUAAAACACAGGGGACUGGCAGAUGGCUGGCGGGGCUGGACAGUCGCCAUGAAGAACGGGGUCCAGUGGACAGAGCUGGCUGGCCAUGACUAUGUGCUGGACCUGGUGUCAGACCUAGAGCUACUCAGGGACUUCCCACGACAGAAGUCCUACUUCAUUGUGGGCACAGAAGGACCUUUGGCUGGCAGGGGUGGCCCCAGAGUUGUGUUUGGGAGCAGCUGGGACUCAGAUGAGGAUGCAGCCACAAGGCCCCAGCCUCAGGGGCACACCCCCCAAAUGCCUGACUCCUGUGGGUACUGCAGCAACAAUGAGGAUAGUACAAAUGGGAAGACUGAGGCCCAUGGAGGGACAGUUACCCGCUCAGUCUGGAAUAGGCUUGAUGAGCCUGCUGGGCCCCACAGGGUGCUGGACUGCUACCUGGACAGCCUCUUUGACCCUGUGCUAUCCUACGGUGAUGUGGAGUUGGAGAAACCAACAGCCAUUGCCUGCCUCAUGAAGGGGGGAGGCCGGCCUGGUGGAGGUGGCAGCAGCAACACCGAAGACACCCCUAGGAGACCACCAGAGCCAAAGCCAAUCCCAGGCCUGGAUGCCUCUACGCUGGCCCUGCAGCAAGCCUACAUUCACAAACAAGCCAUGCUGCUGGCCCGGGAGAUGACUCUGCAGGCCAUGGCACUCCAGCAGCAGCCCUUGGGCCCCACCUUGAAACCCCUUCCCCUCAAGAAAUCUGUAGCACCAGAGGUGAGGCCAAAGUCUGUGGGUACUGGGCCCCCAGCCAAGCCUGUGCUCCUGCGCUCUGCUCCAAGGCCUGUGGCCCCAGGCCUCCCAACCAAGGACCCAAGGCCACCAACCAAGCCCAUAGCUGUCCCCAUUCUAGCUCAGGACCAGGCUUUUCCAGAAACCAGUGAGUCCUCCCCAGAGCUGGUCCGGCAUUCAACGCUAAACUCAGAGCACUUCACCCAGCCCACACAGCAGAUCAAGAACAUUGUGCGCCAGUACCAGGCUCCCUGGGGAGGCCAGCCUAAGGCCCUCAGGAAAGAUGGUGGGAAAGUGUUCAUGAAACGGCCAGACCCCCAUGAGGAGGCACUGAUGCUCCUGAAGGGACAGAUGACUCACACAUCAGCAGCACCAGGCAAGGUGCCCAGAGAGGCCAUAGCCUUGGUGAAGCCAGUGACCUGUGUGCCAAAGCCGUCUAUGGGAGCCACCCCAGUGCUGUCCUCCCGCUCACUGGAGCCCUUAGAGGAGCCUGUGCAGACGAGACUGCACCGCCUCAUUGGCCCCAACUUUUAUGGCUACCGGGAUGCCUCCUGGCGGAUCUUCCUACGCAAAGAAGUGUUCUACCCCAAGGACAACUACAACCACCCUGUGCAGCUAGACCUCCUGUUCCGGCAGAUCCUGCAUGACACAUUUUCUGAGGCAUGCCUGCGCAUCUCCCAGGACGAGCGACUCAGAAUGAAGGCCCUGUUUGCCCAGAACCAGCUGGAUACACAACGGCCCCUGGUGACAGAGAGCAUAAAACGGGCCGUGGUCAGCACUGCACGCGACAGCUGGGAGGUCUACUUCUCCCGCCUCUUCCCUGCUACGGGAAGUGUGGGCACUGGUGUACAGGCCCUAGCUGUGUCUCACAUGGGCAUCAAACUCCUACGGAUGGUCAAGGGUGGCCGGGAGGCUGGCGAGCAUCUUCAAGUUCUUCGUACUUACAGCUUUGCAGACAUCCUAUUUGUGACCAUCCCUUCCCAGAACAUGCUGGAGUUCAACUUGGCCAGUGAGAAGGUCAUCCUCUUCUCAGCCCGUGCUCACCAGGUCAAGACCCUGGUGGAUGACUUCAUUCUGGAGCUGAAGAAGGACUCUGACUAUGUGGUGGCUGUGAGAAACUUCCUGCCUGAGGACCCAUCACUGCUGGCCUUCCACAAAGGCGACAUCAUCCACCUACAGCCUCUGGAGCCACCUCGAGUGGGCUAUAGUGCUGGCUGUGUAGUCCGCAAGAAGGUUGUGUAUCUGGAGGAGCUGCGGCGUGGAGGCCCUGACUUUGGCUGGCGGUUCGGUACCAUCCAUGGGCAUGUGGGCCGCUUCCCUUCAGAGCUAGUGCAGCCUGCGGCAGCUCCUGACUUCCUACAGCUGCCAGCUGAGCCAGGCAGGGGCCGGGCUGCUGCUGUGGCUGCUGCUGUGGCCUCCACUGCCGCUGCUCAGGAGGUGGGCCGCUGGAGAGAGGGUCCCUCACCCAGAGUGGGUUCCCCUGACCGCCAGGAGAAUGCCCUGGUUCCUCUGCAACACACUAUGCUUGAGUUUGCCCAGAAGUAUUUCCGAGACCCUCAGAGGAGACCCCAGAAUGGUCUCAAGCUGAAAUCCAAGGAGUCUUGGGAGUCCAGAACUUUGGAGGAUAUGCUUUGCUUCACUAAGAUCCCACUCCAGGAAUCCCUCAUCGAAUUCAGUGACAGCAGCCUCAACAAGAUGUCCACUGACAUGUUCCUAGCUGUGAUGAGGUUCAUGGGAGAUGCCGCGCUGAAGGGCCAGAGUGAACUGGAUGUGCUCUGCACUCUUCUGAAGCUGUGUAGGGACCAUGACAUCAUGAGGGAUGAGUGUUACUGCCAAAUUGUGAAGCAGAUCACUGACAACACCAGCGCCAAGCAGGACAGCUGCCAGCGAGGCUGGCGGCUACUGUCCAUCAUGGCCGCCUACCAUAGCUGCUCUGAGGUCUUCCAGCCAUACCUGCUCCACUUCCUCCGAGACAAAAGCCAAGCCCCGGGCGUGCCCUUCCAGGGUAUCGCCAAGGCCUGUGAGCAGAACCUGCAGAAAACCUUGCAGUAUGGCGGCCGUCUGGAGCUCCCUAGCAGCAUGGAGCUUCGCGCCAUGUUGGCUGGCCGAAGUUCCAAGAGGCAGCUCUUUCUUCUUCCUGGAGGCCUUGAACGCCAUCUCAAAAUCAAAACUUGCACAGUGGCCCGAGAUGUGGUAGAGGAGAUUUGUGCUGAGAUGGCUCUGACACGCACCGAGGCCUUUGAUGAGUAUGUCAUCUUCAUUGUCACCAACCGAGGCCAGCACGUGUGCCCACUCAGCCGCUGCACCUACAUCUUGGAUGUGGCCUCAGAGAUGGAGCAGGUGGAUGGUGGCUAUAUGCUCUGGUUCCGGCGUGUGCUCUGGGAUCAGCCGCUAAAGUUGGAGAACGAGCUGUAUGUGACAAUGCACUACAACCAGGUCCUGCCUGACUACCUAAAGGGCCUCUUCAGUAGCAUGCUGCCCAGCCAGCCCAGUGAGCAACAGCUGCAGCAAGUGUCCAAGCUGGCCUUACUGCAGCACCGCACUAAGGACCGCUUCUACCUGCCCAAUGUGCGGGAGGUCCAGGAGUACAUCCCAGCCCAGCUCUACCACAAAACAGCCGGCUCCACCUGGCUCAGCCUAGUCAGCCAGCACUGGCAGCAGACACAGGCACUCAGCCCCCACCAGGCCCGUGCCCAGUUUCUGGGCCUCCUCAGUGCCUUGCCCAUGUUCGGCUCCUCCUUCUUCUUUAUCCAGAGCUGCAGCAACAUGGCUGUGCCAGCACCCUGCAUCCUUGCUGUAAACCAUAAUGGCCUUAACUUCCUCAGCACUGAGACCCACGAGCUAAUGGUGAAGUUCCCUCUGAAGGAGAUCCAGUCAACCCGGACCCAGCGGCCUACAACCAGUUCCAGCUACCCUUAUGUGGAGAUCUUGCUGGGGGAUGUGGCAGCCCAGCAUACUAUGCAGCUGCAGCUGGAGCAGGGUCUGGAGCUGUGUCGGGUAGUAGCUGCCCACGUGGAGAACCUACUCGGUGCCUGUGAGAAGCGGCUCACGCUGCCCCCCAGUGAGAUCACCCUGCUCUGA